AUGCUCAGAAUACGAGAAGGCAAGCUGGAUACAGACGAGCAUCGAGAGGAGGGGGGCGGAGCUUUCGUCCUGAGACAUCGUGGGCAUGGCCAAUCAGCCGCCUCCGUCUCCAAUGACGACCACUGUCCAAUAAGCCCCCAUGGACGGGACGAAACCACGCCCACUGGCCACAGCCAGCAACAUGCACAGAAUGGGAAUGUCCCUGAGAAGACUGCCCUGGACGGAGAGGAGGAGGGAAAGGAGGAGGAGGAGGAGAAGAGUGCCGAUGAAGGCUUCAUGGGAAUGACUCCUCUGCUUCAGGCUCACCACGCCAUGGAGAGGAUGGAGGAGUUCGUACACAAGAUGUGGGAGGGCCGAUGGCGUGUCAUUCCUCACGACGUGCUCCCUGAUUGGCUGAAAGACAACGACUACCUGCUCCACGGGCACCGCCCCCCCAUGCCCUCGUUCAGAGCGUGUUUCAGGAGCAUCUUCAGGAUCCACACCGAGACAGGCAACAUCUGGACACAUCUGCUGGGUUGUUUCCUGUUCCUGUGUUUGGGCAUCGUGUACAUGUUCCGGCCCAACAUGUCGUUCGUGGCCCCGCUGCAGGAGAAGGUUGCCAUAGGGAUGUUCUUCCUCGGGGCCAUCCUCUGCCUCUCCUUCAGCUGGCUCUUCCACACCGUCUACUGCCACUCCGAGGGGGUGUCACGCGUCUUCUCUAAGUUGGACUACUCCGGUAUAGCGUUCUUGAUCAUGGGUUCGUUCGUGCCGUGGCUGUACUACUCCUUCUACUGUUCGCCGCAGCCCUGCUUCAUCUACCUGUUCGUGGUGUGUGUGCUCGGCGUCUCGGCCAUCACCGUCUCCCAGUGCGACUUCUUCGCCACGCCGCAGUACCGCGGCGUCAGAGCAGGUGUGUUUGUGGGUCUGGGCCUCAGUGGCGUGGUCCCCUCGCUGCACUUCGUGAUCUCUGAGGGGUUGCUACGGGCGACCACCAUGGGUCAGAUGGGCUGGCUGCUCCUCAUGGCCACGCUUUACAUCACCGGGGCCUGCCUCUACGCCGCACGCAUCCCCGAGAGGUUCUUCCCCGGCAAGUGUGACAUCUGGUUCCACUCCCAUCAGCUGUUCCACAUCCUGGUGGUCGCCGGAGCGUUUGUUCAUUUCCACGGCGUCUCCAACCUGCAGGAGUUCCGCUACACGGCAGGAGGGGGGUGUGCAGCGGAGGAGGGGGGUGCGCUGUGAUGACAUCACACGGCAGGAGGGGGGUGCUCUGUGAUGACAUCACACACACAGACAGACAGACAGACAGACAGACAGACAGA